AUGGUCGAUUCCUUCGCCAGCAUCGGCAAGAUGGUCGAUUCUUUCGCCAGCAUCGGCGGAAGGCGCGGCGUUAGCGCAAUCGUCUUCAUCAGCAUCGCACUCUACAAUGCCACCGAGUUACUAGUUCUAGUCCUAAUCACCUUCAAACACCACCGCAGCCUAUACUUCUGGGCUCUCCUCCUCUCCUCCCUGCUCGGCGUGAUCCCCGCCUCCAUCGGUUCAUUGCUCCAAUACUUCAAUCUCGCUCCACUGUGGCUCACCCUCAUCCUCGAGAAUAUCGGCUUCUACUUCAUGGUCCCCGGCCAAUCGGUAGUGUUGUAUUCGCGCCUGCACCUGGUUUCGCAGAACCAUGCGCUUCUUCGCUUUCUGCGCUGGCUGAUCACGAUUAAUACCAUCCUCCUCAUCGUCCCCAUCACGAUCCUUAACUUCGGCUCGUCUUACCACCCAACCGUGUCCGGCUGGUUACAAGGGUUUAAUGCCAUGGAGCGUAUCCAGUUAACCUGGUUCUCGGCGCAGGAGGUUUUCAUUUCGACGAUCUAUAUUGUGGAGACGAUUAAGAUGAUCCGCGCCGCGCCGGAACCGAACAAACGCCGCACUCUGACGCUGUAUCUUCUUGUGAUGGUGAAUUUCGUCGCCAUCGGUAUGGACGUCGCGCUGAUGGUCCUCGAGUACCUGGACUUCUAUUUUCUGCAGAUUAUCGUCAAAGCGUUGGUGUAUAGCAUCAAGCUGAAACUGGAGUUUGCGGUGCUGAAUAUGUUGGUGUCGAUUUCGCAUUUGCGUGUGAAUUCCAGGACUGAGGAUGAUUUGGACAGUGGUGCUCCAUGGUGGAUAUCUUCUUCUCAGUAG